GGUGCCUUUGCUUAUAGGUGGCCCCUGCAACGCGCUCUCAGUUUCUGAGGCACCUGACGUGGAGGGGUUGCAGGCUGACAACGAAGGAGAGCCUCUCCUGUCCCAGUUGUCCCUUUGUCCAUGCUGCCCAAGCCCCACUGACAAUGGAUGAGAGGGAGGACAGAGAUGCUGAAGCUUGGCUGCAGCUGAAGCCUGUGGAGCCCCUGCCCUCCCAGUGCUGUGGCAGUGGCUGCUCGCCCUGUGUGUUUGACCUCUAUUACCGAGACCUGGAAAGAUGGGAAGCAGCCCGAGCCAGAAAUGACCGGAGCCUGCUGAGUGGGAAGCAGUCAUCCGAGACCCAGGGCUGCUCUACCAAGCUGAGUCCGGAGACCUUCCUGGCCUUCCACAUCAGCGCCAUAGAGAAACUCACCAAGGACACCUAUCAUGUCCGGUUUACACUGCCUGGGAACAGUCAGCUCGGCCUGCAUCCUGGGCAGCACCUCAUCCUACGAGGUACAGCAGAUGGCUUAGAAAUUCAGAGAGCCUAUACUCCCAUCAGCCCUGUCACUGCAGAAGGAUACUUUGAUGUUUUAAUCAAGUGCUAUCAGAAUGGGCUGAUGUCCCAGUACGUGGAGUCCUGGAGAAUAGGAGACACCGCUUUCUGGAGAGGGCCUUUCGGAAGCUUCUUGUAUGAACCAAACAAGUAUGGUGAACUCCUCAUGCUGGCAGCUGGCACAGGCCUGGCCCCUAUGGUGCCCAUCCUGCAGAGCAUCACAGACAAUGCAGAUGAUGAGACCUUCGUCACCUUGGUUGGCUGCUUCAAGACCUUCGAGAGCAUCUACCUGAAGACCUUCCUCCAGGAGCAGGCCAGGUUCUGGAACAUGCGAACCUUCUUUGUCCUCAGUCAGGAGGUCUCCCCAGAGCAGCUUCCCUGGAGCUACCGUGAGAAGACCCACUUUGGCCGCCUGGGCCAGGAACUGCUUGAUGAGCUAGUGGCCCACUGCCGGAGAAAGCCGUUUACAUUAGUCUGUGGCUCACCUGAAUUUACUGAGGACAUGGCUAGGUGUCUGCUGGCUGCUGGUCUGACUAAGGAUUCCUACUUCCUCUUCUAGCCCUGGCCAUGGACCUUAUAUAGGGGCACAGGAAGGAGCCCAGACUAGAAUCAGAAAACAUGGAAUCCAGGGCAGACAUUGCUUCUGACUUACCCAGAGACCUUGGGAAAAUGUCAUCACCCUUGGAACUUCCUUUCCUGUCUGCACAGAAGGUUUGUCCUUCCCUCCUAGUUCUGGUAUGUGAAGGGAACCCAGCAGCUAGCCUGGAAGUCAGGGAAGACUCCUCCAAGGAAUCCAAACAUGGAGUCCUGCCAACCUCAGGAUGGUGGGCAUUGGAUGGGAUAAGGGGUGAGGAGCCUCUCUGAUCCUUCCAGAGGAUCCAGAGUCGGUGGUAGGGGAAUGACUUCGGGAAAGCUCAGAGCUCUUUGGAGGACCUUAACUUCUCUACCUUCCAUGGGUUGAACCUGACUUGCUGAAGGCCUUGCUCGAUGACCUGACUAUGUUCUCAGAACAAGGCACUUCCCUGGAUCAGAUCUGUGUCAGUGCCAAGUCUUUCCUGCCAUGAUCAGCUUCAUGCUCAGUUUCUCUUUCCUGGCUCAGGAAGCCGCCCAGAGUCCUUUCCCCACAAAAGAAGAGUAAUAGAGGCAAAUGCCCCUCCCUCCUGCAGGCAGCCACAUAGCCCGUGCCUUCAGCUCGGUGCCCUGGCGACAGUUGCUAUGGAGAUCUAAAGAUAGAGCAGGAGUCAGGAGACCUGGGUCCCUCUCCCAGCUCUGCCCACUGAGUGGUUGCUGAUCCAGGUCCACCCAGCCCCCACCCCCACCUCCUCCAUCCUGCAUGGGGCAUGCCCUCUCCAGGGAACUUGCUGCCCCUGGGCAUCACGUCGACUUAAUGAAUUCUGCUUUCCACAGCCUGGGCCCCGGUAUGCUGCGCCAGCACAGGCUAGAUACAGGCAGUCCCAGACUUCUAAAGCUCGGCAGUGGAAUGUUAGAAGCUGAGAGCUAGAAGCCUUCAGGAUUAGGCAUUUAUAACCGCAGAGUUGCAGUCUUCCCAGCUGAGCAAAUGCUCUGAUGCCAGAAAACCCUGUCCAGCAGAUUCACUAUACAAACAGGGAAACCACGGCCCCAAGAGUGGCUCACCUAAGCUGAAUGGCAGGGACAGCCCUACAGGUCUCCCGUCUCACCCCCUGCUCAUGGUUGUACACCCUGCUUUUCAAACUGGCCUCCAUGGGACACUGGGGGAACCUUGCCUGGAAGGCAGCAGGAAAGGGUGUGGAGGGAUCCUAGGUCCCCUUCAGUCACAGCAGGUCGGUGUAGUGAGGCCUAGAGGAACUUUUGUCUUUGCUAUUCCACCCAGAAUAUCAAAACCAAUAAAUCCCUGUUCUGGGCCUAACUAUAAUGUUAAUGUUCACUAACUAUACAAUCGUGGCGAGCAGCUGGGUGGCGGGAAGUUUUCACGCCAAGCAUCAAGGACAUGGGACUUCUGUCAUGGUUUGCAGGGUGUUAGGUGUGACUUCUCAGAACCAGGUGUCACGGGCACAUUAAAGUUCCAUGAACAUAA